GGUGCCACCCUGAAAAAUUUAUUGAAGCAACAGGUGUUGACUAGACACAUAGUUAAUGAAAUACUCGAAGAUGUCAAGAAAAUGAAACAAAAUGCUAGUAUUGGUAAUAUUACUGAUUUGAGAAAUAGUGAUGUUCAAUCAAUUUUUUUGGCAUUUCAACACUUCCCUGUCAACUCUGAAGAAACUUUGGGGCUGUUGGAAGAAUACCUGUCCAAAGAGGAACAUUUCAAAGCUGCUGUAUCAGAAAUUUCGAAGAUUGGAGGUGCUACCACUUAUGAUUUCAUGAAACGCUGUCUUUCUUCAAUUUUGACCAAUGGUUUUGCUUCACAAUCUAGCUGGCUAGGAGCCAAGAAAAAGAAGAUUUUCCAAAAAUUUUAAUCAGCUGAACUUCUGCUAGAAGCAGCUCAAGUCAACGGAUUAUCGGCGAAAAGAAAAUCUUCCGAAGACGCAAUCAAAGCUUGGUUGAGGAGAGCAAAAAAAAGAUACAUAUCAUCUUUAAAGAAGCUGGGUGCUUCAGAAGAUGUUGCUAAUGAUAAUAAUAGUAUCCUGUUUUUGCCAUGA